CGUUGGUUAGUAGUUUCUGAAGAGGCAGCACUGAGACUGAGAUUCUUCUAUAAGCUUUCUGCAGCAAUCUGUCGUGCAAAAGGACUUGGUUCAGAAGAACAUGGGGAAUAUGGCCCACAUUGGCCGGUAGAAGCAUGUCACCAACAGUGCUGUUACUUCUAUCAAUAUUGACUGUUCAAGGAAGUGGGUGCGAUGAUUUUAUGAAGACGACGAUCAGAAAUCUGCAAGACUCUAUACACAUCGAAAAAACGUCCGGAUUCCCACAAGUGUUUCCAAAGAACUACGUCGUGUCUCACUAUUUCAACGACAGCGCACUGUGCAAUGAGCCGUGCUGUGUGUUCAUUGCUGCUGCGUUCCUGUCUAACUCAUGGAUUCAGCUCCUCCAGCACCUCAAUAGAGUUCACCUCAAAUACAGUUUCAUCAGCGAGCUUAUUUACACAUUGGACAACAUAGCAAAAGAGAAAAUUCCAGAUCAUCCAGAUAUCUCUGCUUUCCCAUCUGUUCAGUCGUCACCUGAAGGUCUUCUCUCCUUCACCUCAUCUCUCUUCGCACGAUGGCUCAAUCUGGAUUGUGCUUUUAGAGAGCAUCAGUGCAUCUUCCCCACACCAAGUGAAGAGGAUCAAGAAAAUCCAGUAUCAGAGGAGGAACAGAAUGUGGAGAACCAUGAACCUGUGGAUGAGCAGCAGCCUGUGAUAGAAGGAGAGACAGGUAAAAGACAGCUCGACCAAGGUCCGACUAACGGCUAUAGUGAGUCACUUUUCCCAGGUUUCCCUCACUGGACUUUUUCUUUUCUAUGGAUAACAUCAAGCCUGAUCUGGUGAAAGUUGAGAAAUCUGUUUUAAAUAUGCCACAAAACUUAGCCAAAAGGAGGCUUCAUUUAAAAAGGACAGCUACUAUAAUUCACUGUUGUUUUACACUGAUUAGCAUUUGUAUGAGAUUUCAGAGUACUUGCUCUCUGGAUAUGGCUCAUUAUUUCUAGAUGGAUCCGUAUCUGUUGGAGAAAAGGGAUGUUUUGGAAACAGACAUGUGGCUCUGAUAUUCUCUUUCUUCUUCAUCAUGUCUUUGCACUGAUUGUUUCUAUCACUUAUCCAGUGUUUCUGUCAUCUUAUACAGUGAAUUAUGUGUCAUCCGUGAUACUUCAGGUUUAAACCUGUUGACUGAAUGUUUUAACAUUGAAUGUAGUGAAAAAGUAUAGAAUACAUGAAGCCAAAAGUCUCUGUGUUCAAGAGUAAACAACUACACUCAUGUACUACAGUAAAUUCAAGCCAUAUUAAAUAAUAUGGUAGCAUAGGAACCAGCUUAAGCAAGCUACUUUCUGAAAAAGAAAAUACAUUUGCAAAAAGGUUACAUAAGUCAUGUUUACAAGUAAUGUUGUCUUGCCUUAGAGAAGGUUACUACAAGCAAUGUUUUACUCAAAUGAAUUUAACAAUCUGUCUGUUUUUGGUGUACAAGUGUUGUCUGUUUUUAGGUGUAGAUUUUUAUAUAUAAAUAAAAUCUUCAAAUUAAUUCAG